AAUAAUCUGUGAUGCGUAGGUUUUCAAUGAUUGUAAUCUUUGGUGAAAAGAUAUUUAUUUUGUUUAGCUGCUUAAUGUAGUGCAGAUUGAUAAAUUGUCUUCUUGCAAUGACACAGAACGUUUAUAUACGUUUAGCAAGCCAGAGGGUUGAUAAUACUAUAGUUGCUGCUUCAAAUAUUCCUCGGCUUUAUACGCCAGGUGAAAUAAUAACAUGCAUGUCUGGUUUUAUGAGGGGGCAUGGAACCUAUAUGGAAGAGGAUGCUCUUACUGCCUCAGUAGCAGGAGUAGUUGAGCAAGUUAAUAAACUCAUUUCAGUGAGACCCAUAAAGAAUCGUUAUAAUGGCGAGGUUGGUGAUGUGAUUGUGGGUAGAAUUACAGAAGUUCAGCAGAAACGCUGGAAAGUAGAUACCAAUUCUAGACUGGAUUCUGUUUUACUUUUAUCAUCUGUCAACUUGCCAGGAGGAGAACUGCGAAGAAGAUCUGUGGAGGAUGAGCAUAUGAUGAGGAAGUACCUUAAAGAAGGUGACUUGAUUAGUGCUGAGGUUCAGAAAGUGUAUGAUGAUGGUUCCUUGUCACUAUACACAAGAAGUUUGAAGUAUGGGAAGCUGUGUCAGGGUGUUUUGGUGAAAGUAUUUCCUUCUUUGGUGAAGCGUUGCAAGAAUCAUUUCCACAACUUGCCAUGUGGAGCAAGCAUCAUAAUUGGUAAUAAUGGGUUUAUCUGGAUUUGUCCAACUAUCAAUGAUAGAGGUGAGGAUGGUUUAGGAGGUUUCACAGAGAAUCUCAAAGAGUUUCCCCGUCUGAAUGUAGUUUCUCUGCUGUCGUUUUUACAUGUACUCAUUUGUAAGAACAAACCAAUUUCCACACUUUUUCCACAUUUUCAUCUAUCUGGUUGUUCCACGUGCAGACAGAGAGGUAAUUGCGCGCUUACGGAAUUGUGUCCUUGCUCUUGCAAGCUGCAAGAUGAUGUUAUUUGAUACAAGCAUCUUAUAUUCAUUUGAAGAGUCUUUGAAAUAUGAGGUAUCAGAAUUGCUUAGACCUGAGCCAAUGCUGGAUGUUUGUGUUUUGACACAACACAGACUGUACAUGCAGGAGGAUGAGUGAUUUAAAAUAAUAUUCUGAAUACAUGCUCUUCACACAUAUGUUUUUACAUUACCUUAUCUUAAUAAAAUUGACUACAUUGUUGAAGACAAGUUGGAAGCAUGUUAGAAACUGUGUAACAUGUUGUGGUGGAGUUGUUUGAUAAAUUCAGUGGUAGAUUUUAUGGUUGUUGUGGUCUUUGGUUCAGCACAGAGGUUUGUGUCAUGUCAUGGUUUGUGUUGAAUAAGUUGGAAAUACAAAGUAUGAAAGGAGCCUUGGUUGUCUCUGUUUUAACUGUUACAUAUUAGAACCUGUCAUAUGAUAAUUCAUAUACCUCAGUCUGAUCAGAAUGAAUUGUAUUUAAUUUCUAGCAAAGUUUUCUUAAAGCAAUU